GGAAUCAAGCACCAAUGGUGUGCUGGGGGUAACUUUGAAAAGUAGUUCUGGAACGUGGAAAACCCACGGAAACAGCCUCCCCCUAUGAAUCAAUUACAGCCAAUCUUUUCCUCCCCACCCCGACACUAGGAGCAGGUGCACUUUUCCUUCUUGGUUCUUCAAUACGACCAUAGAUAAUAUAGUCUGGGUCGGGUUCUUCAAUACGACCAUAGAUAAUAUAGUCUGGGUCGGGGGAAUGAGAGGAAAUAAGGAACGUGAUUUGGAGUCACCUGGGUCCAGGAAAGCUCCCGGUUCCGAGCAUGGGUGGCUUAGGUUCCAGGAUCUGACCAUAAGUUGUAGUUCGCUCUUGCACCCUAGUAGCCAGCAAGGCAUAUUUAAAAGCAAAUGUCUCCCUCCCCGGUCUUGGGAACUACCAAGUCUAGCAGAGAUUCAGGAGUGAAGGCGUUAAUCUUCGUUUUCACCAGUUACCCCCACUCAAGAUGCCAGCCAAAUAGGUCUCGCGAGAAUAAGAAAAGAAGGUAAGGCUUUUUGUUAACCCCGCCUCCUGCUCAAUCUGUUCCCAAGCAACGACGCCACCAAGCUGCACUGAGCCGGCUGGUCUGGGAACUGGCAGCCUUAGGCGAUCACAGGUCCUCCCGGAGCUAGGUCGGCUUCUCCAGGAGCCCGCCUCCUGCCAUGCAAAUGCUUCAUUGGUCCAGCCUGCCUCCAGGUGAGGGCUGACGCGCGGGUGGGCGGAGCCAAACGGAGCACGUGAUUUGCCCCCACCCCGGGAGCUGGGACUUGAGUCAGUCUGCCAGGCGUCUCCUGAAGAACUACCAUGUCUGGGAAUAGUUCAUCUUCCACAGAACACAGAAGCAGCAGCAGCAGUAAAUCUCACACCUCAAACCUUCGGAAGGCGGAGAAGAAAUGCUCAUGGGCUUCCUACAUGACCAACUCUCCAACCCUCAUUGUUAUGAUUGGUUUGCCAGCCCGGGGUAAAACUUACGUGUCCAAGAAACUAACACGCUACCUCAACUGGAUUGGGGUACCCACCAAAGUGUUUAAUCUUGGGGUCUAUCGGCGUGAGGCAGUCAAGUCCUAUAAGUCUUAUGACUUCUUUCGUCAUGACAAUGAAGAGGCUAUGAAGAUCCGCAAACAGUGUGCUCUGGUAGCACUGGAAGAUGUUAAGGCCUAUUUUACUAAAGAGAGUGGGCAGAUUGCGGUGUUUGAUGCUACCAAUACCACUCGGGAGAGGAGGGACAUGAUUUUGAAUUUUGCUGAGCAGAAUGCCUUCAAGGUAUUCUUUGUGGAAUCUGUCUGUGAUGACCCUGACGUCAUUGCUGCCAAUAUUCUGGAGGUAAAGGUGUCAAGCCCUGACUACCCUGAAAGGAAUAGGGAGAAUGUGAUGGAGGACUUCCUGAAGAGAAUCGAGUGCUACAAAGUCACUUACCAGCCCCUUGAUCCAGACAAUUAUGAUAAGGAUCUGUCUUUCAUCAAGGUGAUAAAUGUAGGCCAGAGAUUUCUGGUCAACAGAGUCCAGGACUACAUCCAGAGUAAAAUUGUCUACUACCUUAUGAAUAUCCAUGUGCAGCCUCGCACCAUCUACCUUUGCCGGCAUGGAGAAAGUGACUUCAAUCUUUUGGGAAAGAUUGGGGGUGACUCUGGUCUUUCACCUCGAGGCAAGCAGUUUGCUCAGGCUCUGAAGAAGUUUCUGGAGGAGCAGGAGAUCCAGGAUCUGAAGGUGUGGACGAGCCAGUUGAAGAGGACCAUCCAGACUGCCGAGUGCCUUGGGGUGACCUACGAGCAGUGGAAGAUCCUGAAUGAGAUCGACGCUGGCGUGUGUGAGGAGAUGACAUAUGCAGAGAUUGAGAAACAGUACCCAGAGGAAUUUGCACUUCGAGAUCAAGAGAAGUACCUGUAUCGAUAUCCUGGUGGGGAGUCAUACCAGGACUUGGUGCAGCGACUCGAGCCUGUCAUCAUGGAGCUGGAGCGUCAGGGCAACAUCCUCGUCAUCUCCCACCAGGCUGUCAUGCGCUGCCUCCUGGCCUACUUCUUGGAUAAAGGAGCAGAUGAAUUACCAUACUUGAGGUGUCCUCUCCACACCAUCUUCAAACUUACUCCUGUGGCCUAUGGUUGCAAAGUGGAAACAGUUCAACUCAAUGUGGAGGCUGUGGACACACAUCGUGAUAAACCAACUCACAACUUCCCCAAGAGCCAAACCCCUGUAAGGAUGAGAAGGAACAGCUUUACGCCUCUGUCCAGUUCGAACACAAUAAGGCGUCCAAGAAAUUACAGUGUUGGGAGCCGGCCCCUCAAGCCCCUCAGCCCUCUCCGUGCCCUGGACAUGCAAGAAGGGGCGGACCAGCCGAAGACCCAAGAAGUACAGGAUGUGCUGACUGAGCCUAGACGCCCCUCAAUGGCAUCCCUCACACUGCUGUCCUGAUGUGUGAGGCUGAGGCCAGACCUCUCCGAGGAACUGGAUCCACUAAAGAGCCUGGGAUGCCAGCGACACUGAGGCUAGAACAGGAAAUUAAGUGGGAGUGUCUCAUUUGAGGCUACCGAAAAUGAGGCCUGGAAAACCUUCACCAUGUUUCUUCCCCUCAUGCGUAACAGGAUUACUACUACGCUGUGCCUCAGAACUCUUUAGAAGCCUGAAUGAGUUAACUCUUAAUCUCUUUUGACCCAAGUUUGCAAAUGCCAUUUUACUUAGGCAUUUAAUAGUCUACCUAGGAUCGCCUGCAUCCUUAGCUGGAGACUUGCCUGACAUGCGAAUGCACUGCUUUAGAACUGGUUUCUAGGUGAUGAUGAACUUCAGGAAGACCCUUUUGCUCAGUGAGAGCAUGCGUGGGAGGCGGGUGAGCAGGCUGACGUGCAAUAUAAGUACUAGCGGUUCCCUCUUGCCAUGUGAGGAGAGACAGGUGACCAGGUAAAUAGAGGCUGUCAGGACCUGGGCUCUGAAGUGCCUCUUCUCUGGUGACAGAAGAGUAGUAUCCAUGGCUCCCUUUUUAUUUAGAGAAGUUUUUCCUGCUCCAUAUUCUGUGCAGGGUCUGGCUGCCAGGCUUCCCCUAAGGGGACCAGGCUUCAUGUUCUCUACUGUUUCCUCUCCGAGGCUUGUGCCUCACAUGCCCAGAGAGGACUGGUUCCGUGCCUCCUGAGGGGUCGGGGUCGGGAAUGAAGGCUAGAUGGGACCACCUCUAUCCCACUGGGAACUAAAGAUGCCUUCUUCAUAAUAAGUUACACUGGGGAUUUUUUUUUUUUAAAUUUCAAAAUGGGCAGAGGCAGACAUGGUCUGUCUCAUUGAUGUGGUCUCUGGGAAAGCUGUGGCCAUGACUGCAAGAGCAGUGUCCUGUGAUGGAUGCCUCUGUUCUGGCUGUCACUACUGUGAUCAGCUGGUCUCCCGUGAUCCUUGACAGAUGCAGCAUGGCCUCUGUUCCGUGAGUGGAUUCCAAACGAAUCCAGUUGCAGUAACUAGAUCACUGUCAAACGUAGACACACUGUCACUCCAAAUGCACUUCUGUUAUUUAUUCCUGAAGAACAAUGCAGAAGCCACCGUGUAUUGUACCUUCCAGAUAGAAUCUAGUGUAUUGUCAUUUUAUUUUUGUUUGUUUCCUUUUCACUUGAAAUGCUCACUUGUUGGGCAGAGAAAUAGUAUAGCAAGAGAAGUCCUGAAACGCAGCUUUUUCUACAUGGUUUUUUUUUUUUUUUUUUAUACUGUGGACAGUACUGGAGACGGUUACCCGGUUACCCGAGUAGGAUGGGAACUGCAGGCAGUUCAGUGUCUCCCAACUUGCAGCUUGCUUUAUAUGCGCAUCACCUGCAGGGAGGCCCCAUCUCUGCUUGGUGUAGGCAGUUUUCCCCCUGCUUGCAGCAGGUAGGAUAAGGGCUGCCUUCUGCAUUGAAGUACACUCCUUUCUGAUGAUCAGAUGGUAUUUUUAUGCAGGUAUUUAUUGUGUGUGAGGAUUUUGCAUGUAUUUAAUCAGAAUGUCAUGUAUAUUCUGUGUUCUGCUAGCUGUGUAGGUGGCUUGAAUCCUAAGCCUAUGUCCGUAGUAUUACCUGAAGUUAGAUUUGUGGAGCAUAAGUGCUGAUGUGUGUUAAAGAAUGAUAAUUAUGUUACGACAGUGCAUCUUUAAAUUUUUCAUUGGUUUUAUUAUAAACCAAGAAAUGUAUUUCUCUGGAGAAAAGUUCUCUCUUGGAUAGUAAAACCAUGAUGAAAUGUCUGAGUUACAUAAACUGCUUUUGUAAUAAAAUAAAGUUAUUUUUAAUUAAA